AUGGAAGAACCAUCCGUAACCCCCCCCAAGACACAAAAGGCCGAACCUCCGGUUCAAAUAACAAUCAAGAAUCCCGAAUGGGGUUAUGCCCGCCUCAAGAUGAUUUAUGAUCCCCCAUACACCGCCGAGUCACCGUCAUACCCACCUGAUAUUCUGACCUGGCGCGCAACACUCACAAUGUGUUUGACGCAAUUUUUCGGGCUUAUGGGGUCGGCUAUUCAUAUUGAUAUCUUGUAUCUCGAGAACGAUGAAGCAUGGUUGAGGUUGCCGAAGAAUGAUACAACUAUGUUUGCGGCGGCGGUUAGCGGCUAUGUUGGUAUAAUCGAGGGGAAGAAUGUGGGGUUUAAGACACUGGGAAUGGAUUUGUACGGAAAGGGUACGGUACUAAAAUACAGAAAAGAACGAUCAUAA